AUGCCACGGAAUGAGAGAGCCAAUGACCGACCUGCUCCCGUUUGCGGUCCUGCUCUGGACAUUACUCCCCACUUAAUUCCAUUCCUCGCCACACUUUCCAAUAACAGCUCGCAUGGCUUAGUGGUAAAGCGCAUCACUAGUAAUGAUGAGAUCCUCGGUUCGACUCCGAGCACUACCGUUCCUCCUAUCGAGGGUCUUAUUUUGCAACGGGAGGUUGGUCGCUUCGAUCUCUAUGGUGUCCACGCUCUGUGGAAGGCUGAUAUAUCCCUCGUCCAAUAA